UAUUUUAACCCUUUGGAGUACACAAUGGACUCCAAGGAGAAGGGUAAAGGUAAAGAUGGAGCUAAAGGUAAAGACGGUGGUAUUAAGAAGGAGUCUGGGGGCGUCAAACUGUUAGAUACUCUUAAGAAGCAGCUGAUAGAGCUCAGUGAGCCCGCCUCUAGCUCCAAGACUCGUAGUAGCAGACAAGUCUGUCAGUCACUGAAUGAUCUUACAUCAAAUGUCAUUAAUAAGCUAACAGGGACGCAGGCUAAUUUUCAGUUAUUGCCGAGUACCAUUGAACUAUUGGUGUAUGCUUAUGCUAAUGUGGAUCAAAAUAUCAGACUGGCUGCUUCGGAUAACCUCCACAAACUACUAAAGUCAUUGAUGGGUAGUCAGUUGUACAGGCUUCAAUUGGGACUGUAUCACGAAUUAAAAAAGAAUGGAUCAGCUCGCUCUAUUUGCAUUGUAUUGGAGUGCUUCUCUUCGUUGUUCUCGAGGACACGGCCGCAAAAGGUCCACUCUCUAUCCCAGCAGCUGCUGCCCGUACUGUUGAGGAUCAUAGCAAGACCUGAAGAAAUAAUACACGAGAAUUUGAUAGAGUCAUUGGGAAAGAUACUACCCACCAUGACACCUUUCCUUACCUCAGUUCAAGCCCAGUCAUUUAUGAAUGAGUUGCUUGGACACUUGCAAGAUUCAUCGGCUUCCUUCAGGCGCAUGAUGUCUUCAACACUAGUCCUCUUGUGUAUACACAGCAAAGUACCACAGAAUAGAGCUAACUGGAUAAUCAGUAAACUUAUUGCAUUGGCUUCUACUCCAACAGCAACACAGCAGAUGAUACAAGGUGUUUUAUUGUCCUUGCUUAACCUUUUACAAGAAUCAAAGACCAUCGAACCAACAACUAGUGUAUUGAAACAGAUAUAUUCCUUAUCAUUAAGUGCUGCUAAAUAUGGCGAUCACAACACAUCUAAUGUUGCCAUGGAAGUUGUUGAAAAUGUCAUCCGUUCUUCCACUCAAGAAUUAUUUGCAUUUAUGACCACACCCCUAACUACGCCCCUUAUAGUUCAAAACAUAUGGUCGCCGGAUACAUUCGAUAGUUUCAGUAUGGAAGAGAAGAGCGACAAUGAGUCACAGCUGGAUGCUCCUUGUUUUGAUUAUUUUGAAGACAGUGAAGACGGAGGUGAUCGAAGCAGUACUCCCCCUCCUGGUGACAACCCUCCUUCCUCUCUCCCCGUCUUCUCCUCCUCUACCCCUCUCUCUCACGGCCGAGUCUCUCCCAGCAACACUAGUCUUACCACUUGGUUUGUAUCAUCCACUGGAUCUGAUGGAGGGUACUUGACAUCAAGCGAAGGCUCCAAUAUACCAGUGGAGGACCUCAUGAAUUUUAUAUCAUCGACUGUACUAACUCAUUCAAGGGUCAGUGUUCAGUCUGUGGGUUUGUCUGUAAUGACAUCAGUGGUUAUGCUCUAUCCGUCCUCUCUGACUGGUUUUAAUGAGAAACUUGAGUCUUUCCUUGAGUCCGAAGACCCUAAACUCGUUAGUCGUAUGUCUCAAGUCCUUGCACAACUCAUUGCAGCUGAGAUAAGAGAGAACCGUGGUCGGUUUGAUCAAUGUCGGCCAAUAGUGAAUCAGGCGUGCGAUAAGAUCUCAGCGAUAUUAUCAUCAGAGUCACCGGUUGUCCUUAAAGCUGCUUGUGAGUCACUGAGGGUGUGUCUCCUUCCGCUGUUAGGCUCCACCCAUCCUAAUAAAGCCAUUGAACUGUUAGAAAGACUAAUGAAACUUGUGGGUGUCAAUUACUGGCUACUAAAAGUGGAGCUAUUACAGACUCUGGCCAUCAUUAAUUACGCUGAGCUUGCAAUAGUCAAACCAUUGCUACUACCCAAGAUAUUGGAGGGCGUGGUCAUACCGUUGCUUAGCGACGCCGAUUACCGUGUGCGUACGGCCGUUAGCUCCACGCUAGUUCAACUGGCAAAGAGUCUUGACCACACCCACAGUCGUAUGCUCUCGCUAGGCCGUCAGCACUCUCACCUCUCCUAUGAUCACUUGCGUAUCGUCAGCUCUCAACUCUCACUGGCUGGUAUUGGUAAGGUGGAAGAAAAGACGAGUCCUAUCAUACCGUACUGUCUUGAACACAUUGUCUGGAGGUGCAGCGUAUUGCUGGGUUCUUCCUCUGAUCACUGGGGGCAGAGAGGAGCACUGGAGGCACUCUGUGUUCUGGCUGAUGAAUACCCUCCUCCUACACUCCCAGGAAUGUGGGGAGUGAAUGGAAGUGACUGUGGACUGUUAGAAAUGGUAUUGCAGCUACUAAGAGGGUCUUGGCUCUCAUGGCAGGUUGCUACUCACCACCAGUUGCUUCAGUUGUCCACUUCGUUGUUCUUAGCUUGUGCUCUGGACAGUUUACAUCAGUCAGCCAGUGAGGGGAAGGUCUGGGACAGUGGGCUAGAGAGAGCUGGAGUUGUAAGACAUUCAACAACUCUUUUGCUUCACGUUAUGAAAGUCUUGAAUAUAUUUCAACACGUUAUUGAUAACAAAGACCCAGAAGAGAAAGAGAAAAAAGUGAUUGUGAAGAAGAUAGAGAACCUUGCAAAGUCUCCCGGCGAUCAUAAUUAUAGUCCCCCCAUAAAAGAAGCCAUUGGGUCCUUCAAUACGAACCCUCACUAUCUCAAACUGUAUCAUGCACUCAAUUCAGCAUACAUCAAUUACAAGGUUUCUAUUGAUCCUCUUGAUGAAGACAAGUUUACCAUGUUUCUUUGUCAAGUCCAUCAUUGUCUGGCUGGAGUCUUUGAGGUGGCACUGGCUGAAGAGGUUGGACGUCAUGUUGAAGAAAUAAUAAUGUACCUAACAGCUACCAUAAAGGUUGACUCACCAGGAGCUUUAUUGUGCUUACAACAGAAACUGAAUGCUCUGUUUGGAAUGAAUGUUGCCACACAGCAGACUCACCUUUACUCUCCAUUCCUCUCAUCUUUACCAUACAGUCUUGAAGCACUGCCCAAUCCUCCAAUCACAAAUUCACUUGUUGAUUGUUUGGUGACAUUUCCUUUGAAGCAGAUGAACAUAUGUCUUCAUGCUCCUCCCCCAACCACACCUCUCACACCUGCCGAAGAGCAACCCCAAGAAAUUAAAAAGAGGCCGAAGUUGUGGCUUUUUGGAGCAAAGAGGAAUUUAGUUUUAAAACCACUUAAUUCAUUGUCAUCCAUUAAAGAUUAUUUAACUCAUUUUGAGCCGCUAAUCGUCUCCUCAUUGCAAUUGUUCACGUACACUUCUUCAUUGCUGAUACAAGAGAGAGUUCUGUUCAUGAUGGUACAACUCCUCCACUUAAAGGUUAGAUAUGAUCUUUUGGAUUGUAACAAGUCGUUUUUUGAGUCUGUCAAUCAUCUCGUGAGUCUGAUGGAAACUGGUAGUGUUAAGGGAGGGGCUCAGCUGGUUCCUCAUCUCUUUCAGUUUCUUGUCAUGUUAGCUCAUGACCAGUCAAAACUUAUAACUAUACCUGAAGUGAUGCAGAAAUGUGAUUCUGUCAUGGCCUCUGGUCAGAAUAUGAUCUCUUUUGCUAUUCCAGCCCUCCAGCCUCUAGUCUUGUAUCUCUUCGUGAGACCAACAACAUCCAAGCUUAUUGAUCUCCCUACUCUCAGAGAAGUAGUACUGAACAUGCUCCUACGGUUGGUUGAGUAUCCUCGUGUCAUACAGUUAUUGAUAGGCGUAUUGGAAUGCUAUCAGACUAAUGCCCAAGAGUGGUCUACUGUCUCAUCUCUUGUAUUUGCUGCUCUCCUCGCUCCUUUAGGAAGACUCCAGACUCGCUUAGACUCUCCUAGCUCCGUCUCUUCUCUUCACCAGUUGCUGGCCACCAUGACCCCGUCAGCCAUUAAUGCUCAAGGAUUAAUGUUAGCUCUUACUAAGCAAACCUCCAUCACUUCGUUACGCGGCGUGACGCGCUGGCUGGCCAUACUCUCCACAAUACUCCGACUUAUGUCUGUUGUAUUUCCAGAGGAGACGCUCCUAAUGCAGCUAAAGUCCAUACCACUUACCACUCCUAUUGUUAGUGUGUUUGGUAGCACGUUAAGUAAAGUAGAAUGGGGCGAUGAGUCAAGUGACACUGUUACUAAACUAGCUAGGUUCCUUGUUGAGUCAUUGACAUUAGGCCUGUGUUGUUUAAGUGGAUUCAUAUGUGCCCCAUUGGAGAGCAGUACUACUGAUGUGCUCUUACCAAUGAUCCUCUCUGACAUACUCCUAUUGAUGCAGAUACUUACUAAAGAUGGUUAUUUCUCCUUACGCCAGUCACUAGCUAAGCUAACUCUACCCCACCAGUUAUUGGUUGCUCUGUCGAAUGUCUCUCACUGUUAUCCGGUUUUAGCUCUGCACUUUACAUCAUUGUUGGUUACUUGUGGCAGUGAUGAAGGAAUAGGAGACUGGCUCAAAUGUCUUUUUGAUGUGCUGCAAGAUCCAUUGAUGCCUUCUCACCAAAUGCUUGUCAACUGUCUUCUCUCCCUCUUGCCUUCCUGUGGUAACUGGGUCAAGUCAUUGAGCCCAACUGUCUUGCUCCAGUUACUGGAGAGCACUGAAGGGAUGACCUUAAUCAAAAAAGCUUCCAGGGAGCUGGACACAUCAUUGCUGUCUCUUCUUCCUCCUAUAUCCUCACUCACAAUGUGUGAGCUGAUGAGAGUACUGUCAGUUAUUGAGAGCAGCAAUGGGUUGCUUAAAGGUAUGGAUGCCAUUAGGUUGAUAGGAGACCAGUUCAUUGAUCAUCCGAUGAAGAUAAUCUCAGACAAAUCAAUACAAGUGUUGGAUGGAUUUUUGGCUGAUGUAAAGUUAACUGCUAGUGAAGCAAGCAGCAUCAUUGACUCUUAUCCUUCAAUCAAGCACAAGUCAGUAAAGACAUGGAAGCAGCUAGAGAUUAUGUCUGGUCAUGAUGCUCCAGAGGAGAUUGUGGAAGCUACAGUAGAUCCUUUAACUACUGGUAAUGUACCAAAUAUGGUAUCAACAAUAGACAAGAACUGGCAAAUGAAGCUGAUAACAGAGUGUCUGUCUUCAUCAAGUUUCUCUCCUUCUGCGAUAUCCAAGUUGCUAAUAGUCUUACAGAGGCCAAUGAUGGAAGAAUUAGUCAAUCAUCCUCAAUUUAGUCCUUCUAUACUGGAAGAAUGUAUUGUCCAUGGGAUAUUCCAGACACUUACAAAAAGGAAUACUUACCAUCAGAUGCUAGAGUAUAGCAGCAGCUCCAUAUCAGUUGCUCCUACUGUACAAUCAGAGGAACUAUUGGUAGUGUGUAUAGAAUGUGUAAUGAAGUACUUAAAGGUAAUUCUUGAAGAGAAAGAUGCUUCUAGUCUUAGUGAUCGUGUUAAAGACAGCGUUCCUCAUUUAACAAGAGGGCUGGUCUGGUAUCUCAUCACUCAGUCUCAGCUCUCCUUUGAUUUCAAGCUAACAAAGGAAAUCUCCACUUGUAUUGUGGAUUUUGCUGUUAAAGUCCUUUCCAUGCAGUGCGAGGAGCUACCAUAUUGUCACACAAUAUCAAUUGAGAGCUCACUUGACCUUUGCUCAAUGGCGUUGCAGACUGAUGAACUUGUCUCUGUAUUGACUGAUGAGUGGAUCCAGUCAGUAACUGGUUUAUUGGUUAGAGUCAUAGAGCAUGAAUACGAUGCAAAAUUCGAGAUUUCAAGUGGCAAUGAAUCUCAAACUGCUACUCAUCAGCUCAACUGGGCAGUAACUUAUCUCUCCUCAUUCAACAAAGCCACUGAACUCUCUCACUCGAUAAAAACACUCACCUUUACACUUGCAAGACAUUCCUUCUUUUCUCCUGCCAUAUUUCUUCCUCCGAUCCUUACCUCAAUGGGAGGAGGUGACACAAUCACGGUCCAAUUAUUGGACCAGAGUCUCGCCGAUAGUGACAUAUUACAGGAAUACAUGCAGCGAAGCAAUCUGAUUGGUUGGAGGACCCGUAACCAGUUUGAAGAGCUAUGGAUGCAGCUCCUUGGAGUGUUAAAUGCUCCUCUACCUGAUGACGAGAUGCCCAUGGAGGAGCUGGCUGCACAUAACAUUAGUUUGUGCAGUGGAGUAAGAUCAGCAACCUCAUUACUAGUCAGUACAAUGCUGCGUCCUUCCCCUGGGAGUCCAUUGGCCUCCGUUCCUAUGCACACUCACAGGAAUAAAGAUUUCAAUUUCCUCUCAUCACCAGCUGGAAAGAAGCUCCUCCCACAGCGUGCCCUCAUUGAGUCCCGUAUAUUGCAAGUAACUGCCCUGAGGUCUCACCGUCACUCUCACUACCAACUACCACUAAUGAGCGAGACUCAGGCUAUCAGUUUCCCACCGGUUUACUCGCAAAACCUCGAGAGACCCCUUGGAUACUCCUCGCUGACCCCUUGCCAGCUAAGCUAUGCAUCUCUAGCACCUAUCAUACUGAAGACUGAUGUGUCUAGUGGAAAGGACACUACUCCAGUUAAUGAGAUUGAUACACGCUCCUGCAUAAUGUCACUAGUUGAUUUAUACACUCACUUACUCUCGCAGCCUAUUGAUAUGCUCCUGCUCCAUCACAUACUCACCUCCAUUGUUAUGCUCUCUGACAUGUUUGUCUUGUCCUCUCAAUACGAGUGGAUGCUCCAGACGUUUCUAAAGCUCUUAGAGUCUCACCCAGCAGAGGAUGUCCUCUCCGAGUCUUUGCUUACCUUUGGAGCCAUUAAGAGUGCAGUUGUCUUAAGAAUUGACGGGACGGAAGCAGAGAGAGUUGGUAAGGUUAUUGAGCAAGCACUGGGACAGGAUUCAUUCAUAAUCACACAGAAUGCAGCUCUUGAAGGACUUUUGUAUGUCAUCGAAGACAAUGAUUCUAAAAUAUUUAGUUUAGUCGGCCCAGUUGUUUCCAAGUACAUCGAGGCCCACUUAUCUUCUUAUAAAAGCUAUAGCGAACACCAUCUGCUAUUAGUGUGGGCACUAGCUACUCACAUUGUCCUUCACGGGCAGUUGACAAAGGACACCUCUUUCACUAAUCAUCUCUUGGAAUUAGUUGUUCCUAUUCUCUCAGACUCUCAAGUUUCUUGUCACUUCUAUCAAGCUGUUACGCUUGGUCUAGAGUAUGCCGUGCUCUCUUUCUCUCUCACAACGUCCGAGAAAUCAUUACUAAGAAAUUUGGCAGCUACAAGGUUUGUGCAGAGUGAUCACUUUAAAUCACUCUCCUCUCUGGCUCUACUUCUAACAUGCAUGUACACAGGGGAAGAGGCUGAUAGGUUGAGUGGAUUGUCAAGACCACAAGAUGACAUGAUGGCAUUGAGUGACUCCGUCUAUCAAUCCAGAGAACACAUUUCAAACAUUUUGGAGAGGUUAAGGCAGGGGAAUGAGACUGAGGUUGAGUUUCUUGUCAGCAUAUUGCCUGGCCUCAUUGUUGAUUUCCUUCCACGCAUGGACGGGAUGAACAUGGUUGUCUCUGAAGUUAUAAGCCAGCAACAGUCAAGACCAUGGCUGGCUGCUACUGUAAUGUCAAAGACCUUUGAAUUACUAUUGACUAAAGAGCUGGAUCCUGCUCUGCCUGAUAAGAGAGUUCCCACUGUAUCUGAUUGGGUCUUGCUAUCACUUGACAGCUUCAUUCAACAGGAACCUGAAGUUCAUGCCUUGUGGUCUAUUACUUGUCUUUUAAUGGCAGCCUCGAUUAGUCCGACCAUAAGGGCACUCUUUGAUGCAGUUGCUUUCCAGUGGGCAUCCACUGACCUGGAUUGGCUGUUGCAUACUCUUUGCACUGUUGCCUAUAGCUUCUACUAUCAGGAAAAUUUCCCUCAAGACCAAAGGAAGUUGUUUCUGGAUAAAUUUGAAAAGUCGAACUACAAUUCUUUGCAUAAGUUGGCUCAGAAUUUGCGAACUGUGAAGUAUUGAUAAGGGUGCUAAAAUUAUGUAGAUUAUUUUUAUUAAUUAUUAUUGUUAUGCUAGUGUGCUUAUUAUUCAUUCAUUGCGUGAAUAUUAAUUGA